AAUAUUUCAUUUUCUCCGAGAUGCAGAGCGAUCCCAUUUGGUCCGCCGAUUGAGUUUCCCCGGUCAGCGCGUGCUGUCAUCAGCGCGGACGAUCAGCUGCACGUAGGCUAUGACCUCGUUACCUGGCACCCGGUCUAAGCACCGCCUGAGCCACUGUACCGUGGAAACUGAACUUUGAAGAAUGACACAUUCUCUCUCUUUUUGGGAACAUUUGGGGGUGGAAAAAAAAAAACACACGAUGUGAGAAAUACCCGAGGUAACAAAAGGUUUUCUGUGGUGUGACGGUGCGCCUGGGGGAUAAGAGAUUCUUUUAACGAAGGGUACGUAGGAGAUACAAGAAUCCUUACAUUAAGCACGCAAUUAAUGUAAUCCAAGAUGAGCCCAUUUUUUCUCCUCUUUCACAGCUCUGAUACAAAGACAGGCCAGCCCCCUCAUCAGUUUGAAAUGGUAUAAAAGCUCAAGCAUCACCCUGGGCUUUGAAAACCUGAACAAGUGCAAUAUUCAGCUUUGUACUGUACAAUUUCGGAUCCAUUAACUCAUCUCCAAAGAUGCUGUUCAGGGAUAUUCUCCUCCUCUGCUCCCUGGCAGUGGUCCUGGUAAACGGUGACCUGGAUGCGGAUGGGGGUGCCCAAGCCAUGUCCACAGACCAUGACUCCACCUCUGAUGAAGUGCCUACAGAGAGCAUGAACUCCAUUUCCCCUGACCAACCUAAUGACGAACCUCAGUAUUACAAUGGAGGGAAUGGAGAUCCCAGCAGCACAAGUGCUGAAGCCGAUCAUAGUGAUGGUCAUCAACCUGGCAAUGAUGCGAAUGGAAGCUCAGAUGUCACUAAAAGCAGUAUUGAGGACCACGAUGAUGAGAACCCGGACUCAGAUGAAGGUCCGAAGCACAAAUGAAUCAGAUCUCAUCAGAUUCCACAUGAUAUAUGUUAAUGCUUGAGCGAGAUGUUUUCCACAAACAUAUACAAGGGAAUAUUCCAAUGACAUAUAAAGUAAACAUUUAUCUGUAAGGCACAAUAUGAAUUGACUAUUUUAUUCAGUUUUUCAUUGCCUUGCUUGUUAUAGCAUAAGACCACACUUAAGUAAUCACAAAAAUGGAUAUCAUUAAAAAAUGUUUAUCAAUGAUUAUAGAUCAUGAACAUCAUUCAUAUUAAGGAAAGUAAAUUCGUUUGUUGCAACACAUUCACUCCAUCACAAGGAGCUCCAUCUAGAAAAUUUUAAAACCCUAGAAAACUAUUUUGUCUGUGCAAUUUCAAAUAAAACACGUUUCUUAACACAACCUAGAUGGCAAUUUAGUCUUCUGUUCAUGUCCUAAAUCCAAGGAGGAGGUGCAAUAUUUUUUGCGAACAAAUCCUAUUAGAAAUUGUGAAUUACGCCGGUGUGUGUUCUGUCGUGAGCCAGACGGUGGCAGCACAGAGCUAUCUGUGUCCUUGGGCAACGUCAGAAAAUCUAGUUCCUGCUUGUUCACGGUUUGUCUGCCUGCAGGAGUUGAAUUGAAAGGGGCCGAAAUCUGUGUAUAUGCAUAUACCUGUCCUAUAUAUUUGAA